AUGGCCGAGACUUGUAUAGUCUGCCUCGGCGAACUCGUCCCCCAAGACGAAAGUCAAGUUCCCGCCACCGACGCCGCGCUAGUUCAAGAUAGCGCUAAUGGUGUCGAUAACCAGCGUCAUGCUGUCAAACUUGAAGGGGUCGUCUCAGCACUCACUGAACAUGCCCUUAAAGAUGACGUGUUGGUCGCGCAUCUCCUGCCAUGCGGUCACAACUUACACAACGAGUGUUUGAAACCAUGGGUAGAACGCGCAAACAGCUGCCCAAUAUGCCGAGCGAAUUUCAACAUGGUUGAGCUCAGUGCCAGGAUCGGAGGAACCAUCCUAUCUUCGUAUGGCGUGCAAGAUAAGCGACAAGUUGCCGACAUCGACCCAACCAUGAUCGUAGAAGACGACUACUUCUUCGGAGAGGAAGCGAAUGUCGACACUUGUUGCAUGGUGUGCGAUGACAUUGGGGAUUCUUCUCAACUCAUGGAGUGUCAUAGUUGCGGGAACUAUUGUCAUGUAUUCUGCGCUGGUCUCGACGACAUGCCAGGCCGCGGACCGUGGUAUUGCCAGCACUGCAUGGAGAACCCUUCUCUGCUGCGAGCGGCUGGCCAUCGCCCUACAAUGCGCGGUCCAGCGGCUUACCUCAAUCCACGUAGUCGCACCACCCGCACCAGCCGUCGCGCUCGUGCUCCAGACGAGUGGGUCGGUGUCUGGCAGAGCGUAUGGGAUCGCCUUCACUUCGACAUUGAGUUCCCGUUCGAAGAUGAUGACCAGUCCGAAUCCCGUUCAGAGAUUCAGCGUCGCGAAAAUGAGGAAUGGGAGCGACGCUUCGAACUGGCGCGUCGGAUGGGUGCAGGUAGUCGUCUCCGUGCAGCUGCCGAUACUAUCACCACCUUGCGUCAGCGCCCCACAAAUCGCACACUUCAUCGCGAAGUACCUCAGACGCCCGAGUCACCUAAGGAUCCUGAAUCACAAGAAGAGCUGAGAGCAUGGAACGCUUUUGACAAAGCCCGCGAGCAAGUCACUGAAGAAGGUGCCCAGCAUCCUCGCCCUGCCAGUGUGAGCAGCAAUACGCGUGGACGAAAGCGCAAGUCCGUAACUGCGUCACCCGCCGAACCCGAACCGCAGGAACCACAGCCGGAACGCAAGUUAAAGCGACCUCGAACCCGGUUGAAUAUCAACACAGCCAACACGGCCGAGUCAUCUACUGCUGCUGCUGCGCGUCGUCCCACCGUAGCAUCGCACGCCUCACCACCCGCCGCCACCAGUGACGGCGACUCCUCCCUCGUACCCGGGUUCCUCCAGUCGCUUCUUCAGGAGGUAGAGGUUGAUCGCUUCGCCGAAGACCGCGAGAUUGCCGCACCUCAACCAAAGCGCAUCAUAGUCGAGCGCGCUUGCUCGCCCCAGAACUCAUCGCCUGGCCUCUCGCCCAUAUAUCCUACUCCACGCGCCGGCAUGUCAACCCCACCUCCACUCAACAUCAACAGGACGGACUCACCCACGCAAAGAGAUCAGCAACUUUCGCCAACGUAUUCUCCGUAUUCGCCUGCAGAUGAGGAUGCACGUCCAGGUCGUAAGAAGCUUGCGCAACGCCCACACUCUCCGGGCCUCACUAGCCCACCACGAUCCAAGGAUUCGUCUCCAAACCGCUCAACUUCGCUAUCGUACUCAACGAAGCGAGAGCUGCAAUUGAUGGUCACGGCCGUCCUCAAACCCAUGUAUAUGAGGAAAGAGGUCAGCAAAGAGGAGUAUACCGACAUAAACCGAGACAUUUCGCGGCUCUUGUACGACAGAGUUGCCGAAGCUGGCACGGAUGCUCUAGCCAGUCAGGGUAUUCGAGACAAAUGGCAGAAAAUAGCAAGUGACGAAGUUGACAAUGCCGUCAAAGCCCUUGCCGCCGCUCGAUCGGCCACCUCGCCCCCUGCCGAAGAAACUGCUUCUUCACCUUCAUAG